CACUCUACCACCUUUUAUUACGGAAUUUCCUCUGUUAUUUUGACCCGACAACGAGUGAGUGACAAGUCUAGCAACAACAGUAGCAACGUGAUUUAGUGAGUGGUGACCAAUGUGAGGUGAGUGUGACAUUGCUCUUUGUUACACUUUAAUUACACUGAAGAAGUUUUUUGUUGUGGCUGUAUUGUUUAGUGUGUCAGUUAAGUUCAUUGUUAUCGUGUAUAUUAUCUUUCUUUGAUGGAUGCACCACAAUCGAUUCUCUACAAAUGAGGACUUUAAGUCAUACGAACUGAUAAAAGAACUAUAAAAAAUGAACUCUAAAAAGACAAUACUGUGUUUGUUGUGCUCGUUGGUGGUGGUCGGUGUCGUGGCCGGCAAAGACAAUGAGACGAGUAGAAUUGUGCUUGUGGACCGAUAUCGGUACGACUUUUUAGCGCUAGAGGACAUUUUGUGGGAUGAAAUUUUAGGCUAUUUAGACGAGAAUCUGGAAACCGAUGUCACCGAAGGUGGAGCAGCAGUUACUUUGAUCAGGAAGUACGAAAAAUUUGCAGAUAAGCUUCAGGAGGCAUUUCCACACGACCUGACGUACGGCUUGGACAGUCUUGACAGUGUGUGGGCCAUGCAAUUAGGCCUGUCCGAUCUCAGAGGUAUCUACGGCCUGUACGAGACCUUCCUAAGGUUCCAGAAGCAGCAAACGGCACCAGGCAGAAUUCCAUCACCCAAACAAGCAUGGGUAGAUCUAGCGCAGGCUGUUCUAUAUGACAAAAACAACGUCGAUGAACUGAUGGGCAAGCUUCAAGACACCAUUGUUAAAAAAGAUCUGUUUGCAAAUGCUAAAAAGGAAGUGGAAGGAGACAUGUUAUGCAAUUCUAGACAGUCACCUCAGCAGGUUAUUUACAACCUGUAUAACGCUAUAGCUCUUACAGAGCUUAAAGGAUACUCCAUGAUCCAGUUCUCGUAUAUGCUUUUGAGGCUGUAUAAUAAAGGUAAUUUCACGACAGAGGCUCAAGUAAUGCGUGAUAGAUUUGAAGAAAGGACCAAUAACGCUAUCGAAAUCGUGAAGAAGGUCAUGGCUCAAUCAUCUCGCGAGUUCUGGAAUUGUGAUCCUAAGAAUCAUGUUAAAGGAGUAACAUAUGAAGAAACUACCCAACUGCUACAAGGUUAUGUACAAAAUGAAGUAGACCUAAAUCCAGAUGGAACCUGCAGAGAAAACUGCGCCGAAUAUACUUACACAAAAAGCCAUGGAUGCUUCCAAAACUUAUACUGCAGACAACAGAGGCGUUGUAAUGGAAAAAUAAUCGAUUGUAGAUACUACGAUUCUGAUAUGUGGAUUUGUCCUGCGGAUCCUUUGAGCGGUAGACGCUACGAAUACAUCGAAUACGAGAAUGGAAAAGUCUUGGGAAGAAAGCAAGGAUGCAGUAGAGGCACUACGAAAGUUGACAGCUGGUGGAGAUGGCUGUUCUGGCAUUGCUCGUACUGCUUCUGCCUCUGUGACGAACAAGGAAGCGCCUCUGACAGAUACGUUAACAUGAGACCAACAAUUGCAAACAUUUCUGACAAUAUGGUUGUGGUCGGCUUAAGAUUUAUAAAGAAAAACCGUAUCCUCCAUGUACAAAUACAGGAGGGUAAACUACUUCCACGAGGUAAUAUAGAUGCCGCUACCGUGCGAUGGGUACCAGUUGAAGACUAUAAAAUAACCGAUAGAAAAAUCUAUAGUGGACAAGACUAUCAUACUUUCAGUUGGGAGAAGAGAGCUGUUGAUCUGGAUGAUUUAGAAGCUGACGAUGGAUAUGUAUUCACAGGUGUACGAUUUAAAGAAAUUGGUUCUCAUCUUAAUUUCGAAAUAUACUGUACAAAAUUCGAUUUCGACACUGGAAAACUUAUCAACCCUACUAGUACAAGUAUCUGGAAAGACAACGCCAACACUGAUUCAGCCACCAAGAACCCAAGGAAAAAAGUAUGGCUAGUUUCCCCCGACAUCCCAACCAGAACAACAUCCCCAUCGAUCCCUACAUCAUCUCCAGACAGUUACAUCGAGCUUACCCACACGGACAUAGACAGGGACGCAGCGCAGACCACGGUACCGUUCUGGGAUGCCCAGAGAGUCGAGUCCCUCCAACCAGUACCUCUCAGUGGCGCCGGUAUCUUCCACAAGGGAAGGAGAUUCUUCGGAGGAUUUAUUACUCUCAAGACCAUAUCAUAUAACUUUAGUAAACAUCUGAAGGCUGCAUUUCCCGAAGAUGACAAAGAGAACAAUUUUUAAGAACAAAUUAUUUCUCAGUACUAGGGCGGACCGAUAAGCACUUGGCCUACAAAAGAAAAACGGACAUUUUGGGAAAGGUGGUGAUUUAUUUCUGACCAUAGUCUCUUUUAGCUCAAUACACUUGAUGCAGCGAUGCUUCAACUUCUUUAACCUUCGGAUGACCAAGGGGGUAAAUUUGAACCCCGGCGUAUGUUUUUCUUUAAUAAAUUCAAAUUUCAAUUUUUUACUCAUUAUUUUUUUAUUUGACUUUUAUAUCAUUCUAGAUAUCCUCAUAUUUUGAAAUAAAAAAAAACCCUAUAUUUUACGAAUAAAAAAUAUAUUCUAAAGUUGAUGUUUGGUAAAAUACCGUCUAUUAUGUGGAAUUCCAAGUAGUUUUACACUGCGCGUUAUCAAAAUCUAUUUUUAGACUGUGGUGCCUGUUAUGUAGGUACGAAUCAUGACAUUCCUGUCUGCUACAGUUAGUCAUUAUUAAUAUUUCCUGGCGUAUAUUAUUAUAGUUUCUUAGUAUUUUGUGUACAUAUAAGAUAUGGCUCGCAAAUAUCUUACUGAGGCUGAAUUACAGGAAAUUAUUACUGCUAACGAUUUUGAUAAUGAUAUAGAAGAUGAAAUAGUAUCAGAAAACGAGGAUGUAUUGUUAGAUGAAGAUUUAAAUGCUGAAAACAUUCAUUCCAGGUCAUUUUGGGGUCAUUUUUUACCCCCGUUGGUCAUCCGUGUAACAAAAAAAAGUUGGUCAUCGGAAGGUUAACCCGUCUGAAAAAUACGUUUUCUCGAGGUCUGCAAAGUAGGCUUCUGUGGCGGCGAUGAACUUCUCAUUCGACUUAAAUUUCUGCCCGGCGAGUAACUUUUUCAAGUUUGGAAACAAAAAGUAGUCCCACAUGGCCAAAUCUGGAGAAAACGGUGGAUGGAACAGUAGUUCGUAGCGUAAUUCGACCAAUUUGACCAUGGUGACGGAGGAGGUGUGAGCCGGCGCGUUGUAAUGGUGGAAGAGCACUUUUUCCCCCAAAUGGGGCUGUUUUUUUCUUCAAGUCGACGUCGAAUCGACUCAAUAAUGCGGCAUAAUAAAUCCCUGUUACCGUUUUGUCCCUUUUCAGGAAGCUAAUGUAAAUCACACUUUGUGAAUCCCAGAAAACGGUGACCAUUUUCUUUUCUGGCUGAUAGGAUUGUUUUCGCCUUUUUCGGAGGACAUUUGCAGGGUGUCGUCCACUGUUUCGACUGUUCUUUGGUCUCUGGUAUGCACCAGUGGAUCCAUGUUUCGUCGACAAUGAUGAAGCAACGUAGAAACUCGUUCGGAUUACCCUUAAACAGCUUCAAACACUGCUUGGAAGUGGUUUCAUGAUUGCGCUUGCUGCCCUGAGUGUUCAAACGUGGCAACCAUCGCUCUGACAGCUUUCUCAUGCACAAAAUUUCAUGCAGGAUAUGGCACACGCGAUCUUUUGAGAUGCAGAUUGUUUCAACUAUCUCGCGCACCUUCAGUCGGCGUUCAGACAAUACGAGAUCGUGGAUUUUUUUACGUUAUUCUCCAUGAUAAUCCUUUUAUGAGCACCUUGGUGUGACUUUUCAAAAGCCUACGUGCAACUACGUUGAAAAUUGUUAAACCAAUUUUCGCCAUCAAAGGAGAAGAGUUGCCGUACCAAGCUCUCAUUGAUUCCAAUGCGCAAUUUCCCUUCCAAAAACAAGAAUAGAAUAACCGACCGAUAUUGCUCUUUUUUUAUUUGUCUUAAAUUCCCCUGACACACGCUGUCAAAACAAAACUACGAGUCCCAUUUGGCUGAGAUUUUGAUAUAGGCCGUCUACAAGAAUGUAUAGACUAAGAGCCGCUACAGACCUAUAAGAUAAGACCCUAUAACUUAAAUAGUAGAACCUAAAAGAAAACGUAUGAAUAGGGCUUUUCAUUCACAGUCAUUUGUUUCGAGCUUCUGUCAUGUGUCACAUAAUAUUAAUAUAUCUACGUCAUACGUUAUUGGUAUAUAACAAUGAUACAAACUAGAGACGUAUGGCGUAGAUAUAUUAAUAUUAUGUGACACAUGACAGAAGCUCGAAACAAAUGACAGUCGAUGAAAAGCCCUAUACUGUGCCGUCACUUUUCAAUGGCACAUGCGUCGACAGUGGCGCAGUAAACUUUCCACUUAUGGACGGGAUAAAUAAAUUAAAAGGUCCCCUUCCUCUCUCCCAGAAUUAAUUUUUUUUCAUUUUUUUAAGUUCUAUGUGACUAAAAAAUAAGACAGCUUAAUUUCAACCCACCACCCCCUUUCCCUUUCCCCACCACCAAAAACUUCAAUUUUCGUUUUUAUUUUUUUUUAGGUGGGAUGCAAUCAAUUUUAAAAUUUCAAAAAAUCCACACGGAUAGUUGAGCCUCUUACAAAACAUGUCUAUUUUUAUAGACCCUUAGGUUAAGUGUACAUAACCUCAAAAAAUUUUUAUUUUGGAAAAAAGCACAUAACUUUUUUGUGGGAAUGGCUGCAGGUCUAAUUUUUUUUAAUCUUGUGUAUUUUAUCAAACACUAUAUUUCUGAUUUUUUUCAGAUUUUUCCGUAAGGUUCGUCACCUUCAAAAAUCCGAAAAACUGUUUUUUGAGUGGUUUUUUGGGGAUUUUCCCAAUUUUAUAGACCUCAAAAUAGAUGAAAUCAAUGUUUUUUAUAGGUUAUACAGAGAGGUCCUAAAUUAUGGAAUAAAUUCAUUUUCUCUAAAAUGGACGACUAUAGAGAAAAAUCCUGAAACAGGUUGAUUUUAGUUUUUAAAUUACAACUUUUUGGCAUAUAUUUCAUACUAGUGACGUCAUCCAUCUGAGCGUGAUGACGUAAUCGAUGAUUUUUUUAAAUGGGAAUAGGGGUCGUGUGGCACCUCAUUUGAAAGAGCGUUCAAUUUUCUAUUCAGUAAUACAAACAUUAAUAUCAUUAUUUAUACAGGGUGACCAAAAAAAUAAUUUUUGAAAUAAAUUAAUUGACGAAAAAAGAAAAAUGUAUGCAAUUUAUUUAACUCAAAAUACAUUCUAUCGCUGUCACAAAAUAGAAAAAAAUGUUUAUUUGGCAAAUAAACCUUGCUUUUCGCUUAAAUUAAAUGUUCAAACUGCCAAGUGGUAGGUGGGAGGCUGUUUGUGAUUUAAUUUAAGCGAAAAGUAAUGUUUAUUUGUCAAAUUUUUUCAUUUUAUUCAAUGUCAUUUUUUUUUGUAUUUGCUGACAGCACUAUAAUGUAUUUUGAGUUAAAUAAAUUGCAUACAUUCUUCUUUUUGCGUCAAUUAAUUUAAUUCAAAAAAUAUUUUUUGGUCACCCUGUAUAAAUAAUAAUAUUAUUGUUUGUAUUACUGAAUAGAGAAUUGAAAACCCUUUCAAAUGAGGUGCCACACAACCCCUAUUCCCAUUUAAAAAAAUCAUCGAUUACGUCAUCACGCUCAGAUGGAUGACAUCACUAGUAUGAAAUAUAUGUCAAAAAGUUGUAAUUUAAAAACAAAAAUCGACCUGUUUCCGGACUUUUCUCUAUAGUCGUCCAUUUUAGAGAAAAUGAAUUUAUUCCAUAAUUUAGGACCUCUCUGUAUGUAAAUUAAAAUAACUGAAUCCUUUAGAACAUUUAAAAGUUCAAACCCCCUAAAAAACAGUUUUUUGCAUUUUUGAAGGUGACGAACCUUAUGGAAAAAUCUGAAAAAAAUUAGAAAUAUAGUGUUUGAUAAAAUACUCAAGAUUAAAAAAAAUUAGACCUGCAGCCAUGCCCCAAAAAAAGUUAUACGCUUUUUUCCAAAAAACAAUUUUUUUGAGGUUAUGUACACUCAACCUAGGGGUCUAUAAAAAAUAGACAUGUUUUGUAAGAGCCUCAACUAUUCGUGUGGAUUUUUUGAAAUUUUAAAAUUGAUUGAAUCUCACAUAAAAAAAAUAAAAACGAAAAAUGAAGUUUUUGAUAGUGGGGGAAGGGAAAAGGGGGUGGUGGGUUAAAAUUACGCUGAGCCUUAUUUUUUAAUCACAUUUAACUUAAAAAAAUGAAAAUGAAAUCACAUAUAUAACUUAAUUCUAGGAGUGAGGAAGGGUACCUUUUAAUUUAUUUAUCCCGUCCGUAAGUGGAAAGUUUGCUGCGCCACUGUCGACGCAUGUGCCACUGAAAAGUGAUGGCACCUUUAUACGUCCAUGGAUAGCACAGUCUUCAUACGUUUUCUUUUAGGUCCUACUAUUUAAGUUAUAGGGUCUUAUCGUGCCUAAAAUGAUUAGCAAAUUUCACCUAUAGCGGCUCUUAGUCUAGUAUUAUACGAUAGUAGAUUUCUUUCGCGAUAGUGGCGCUAUCGGGCGGAGAGGCUGAGUACUUAUCGGACCGCCUACGUACAAUGAGAAAUUGUUUAGCAAUUUAGACAGUAUGGCUAAAUUUUUAGCCAUAAUUUUUGUGCGAUUAAAACAGUGGGUUUAGAUAUACACGUCGGAAAACACGUAAUACGGUACCUAGUUUUUAAAACACUUUGGAAACGUAUUGCUACAAUUCUGGUCAGGAAUAUUAGCAAAUAAUCUAUUCUAUUAAAACUUUUAGAUUUACAUUUUUCUUUCGCAAACGAAAUUAUUCAUUCCCUAGAAUGACCUUGAAGGUUUCAGCUACUUGUGUCGACCUAUACUGUAGUUUACUAGACUCCACCUGUUGCCAAGUUGAACCUUUAUUGAACCAAUAUCUUGCGAAUUUAUAAUCCUAGACUAGAUACAAAAAUUGACGUACUGAAUAAUUUUAUUCGCGGAUGUUUUCGGGUGUAUUCUAAACCCAUCUGGACGGUAAAAUACCCACUGUACUAUAUUCUUAAGUUAGUGGCAUAUUAUCGCUGUGAUGAAAUGAAAAAUAGUUAAAGCCAUUUACCAUAUUCUAGUUUAAUGUUUAGUGUUAUAAUUUUUGUGAUAGAAAUAAAAGAUAAAAUUUUA